AUGGAAAAAGGCACACAGAAAGUAAUCGAUACUGAUUCGUCUGGAAAAGGUAAUGAAACAACAGCUAGUGGUCCGAAGUUUGGAGAUGAGAAUCUAAUCGAGGUAAUAGGUUUAAGUGAUGGUGAAAAAUCAAACUCACAAGUAGAGACAAUUCAAGCUGCAGCCACUGAAGAAGUUCCUGAGAAAAAUAAGCAACUACAGGAGCAAAACUCAAAUGCUAAACGUUCAUUAUCAGUCAAUUUGGAAGACACCGACAAUGAAGUAGAUACAAUGGUACAUAAUAUAAGUGGGAAUGAAAAUUCAAGGAAGUUCCGCAAGAAAAGGAGAACUUUCAGUUGUGAUACGUGUAGAAAGUUCAAGACAAGAUGUGAUUUUGAACCGUUGGUAGGAAAAUGUCAUAGAUGUAAUAUGUUACAGAUCAAUUGUUCUCUUACAACAGAAAGGGAGCAUGAAAUUUUAGAUGCAAUCGAACAUUCUUCUAAAAUUCUUUUAACAUCCAAUAAUUCUUCAACGGAUUUAUUGAAUGCAAAUACAUUUUCAAGUAAUGGUAUUGGAAAACCUAAAAAUGAUACAAUUGCAGUUGCAAAUCCAUUGUCUCAAACUCUGAAUAAUAGAUUGAAUAGAAUGGAAGAGAAAUUUAGCAGCCUAGAGAGUAAAUUAGAAUUAAUUUUGAUGCAAUUACAAGGCUCUUCAAAUGCAGAAUAUACUGCAAAACAUAUGCUUCCUGCAAAGAGCAAGAAUGAUAAAAACUAUUACACUCGUAAAGAUGCAAACAUAGCGAAUAGUAAUGGACAUGAAGCUUCUAAUAAUACUGAUAAUUCCAAUUAUGUAUUGCACAUCUCAAAUUCCAUGAAGGAAGAAACAUUCAAUGGUAUUCAUCUGAAGGAACCACCACUAAAAUUAAUUAAUGCUAUCGACGAGCGACUAUUUCCUUCAGAGGCCAAAUCAGAUAAAGAGAAGAUAGAACAACAACAACGACCAUAUGUGGUAGCAAGAGUUAAUUUUUUACAGUUUUAUAAAAAAAAUGCUAAUUUGUGUCACAGACUUGUUAGGGAUUUCCUUGUAAGGUCACAUUUUUGGAUCAUCCCUGGUGGCAUUAAAGAAAUAGAUGAAGAUUAUGCACAUAAACAUCUAUUUAUUACAAGUGUAUUUACAAUUAUUGCUAUGAGUUUUGACGAUGACGAAAAAUAUGCAGAAAAACAAGAGACAUUGUAUCCACUAGUUGAGAGAUUACUGACGAAUACAUUGACGAUGUUUGAGGAGCUUACCGAUUUUGAUAUAGAAGCAAUAUUGUAUUGCUGUAUGUUUCAUAUUUCGAGAAAAUCUAGACGUCACAGGCAAUUAAAAUUUAAUUCUUUGGUAUUGAGUAAUUUUGCUAUAUCGAGCAUGUUAAAUGUAAUUGAUUUUCAUGAAAUAAAAGAGAGGGUCCUAAAAAAGGAUAAAUUUGAUGCAAAAGACUUAUAUCACCUGAGAAUUUUAAAUUCAUUAACAGUAUGUAAAUUGGAAUAUUCUAUUAGUUAUGGUAACGUUUCUCCUUUGGAUAGGAUGCUAAUGGAAUUCAAUAAUUUAACUGCCAAGUUUCCUCAAGCAAAUUUUGGAGAUGACAUAAAGAUUAGUGAACUGAACUUAGGUGACACCGUAAACUCAAUAUAUUUGAAUUUCAAAACAUACUUUAAAAUUACUAAAGAAAAAUUUGAAGAAAUGCACACAAAUAGUGACGAUGCUACAGAACCCAUUGUUAAUAUCCAAUUUAUAUUUCCAGAGUUAGAAGAUUGGCUGAAUAAUUGGGAAGAAUUAUUAUCAAAAGAUGGAGGUGGUGUUCUUCUCUUUACUUAUGACUUUUAUCACAUAAUGAUUUGUCGUUCAUUUAUUUCAGAAUUUUUCAAUGAAAUGAAGAACAGCAAAUUAUUUCUAACUUGUAUAUUAUCGACUAUGAGAGAACAUGCUUAUUCAUUAUUGAAUGGAUUUCUAAGAUUACCGCCAUCUCUUAUCAGAGGAGCUCCAAUCUUCACUAUGCACCAACUUGUCUAUGCCUGUUUGACAUUAUGUGACUUUUUGCAUUGGUUCAUGCCUGAUGAAAGGCAGCAUAUUCUAAAUAUUUGUUCAAGAAUUUACUGGCAUCUAAAUACAAUAGGUGAGAAGAUGAAUGAUGCAACUGAUAAUGUGGGUAAAAUUAUCAAAUCUAUAAUUGACACAAGUAGAACAAAAACAAAUUUAACAAGUUUAACAAAUUCAACAAUACCUAAUGGCAACUUGGCGACAAAUUUACCAAAUGGACAAUUUACUGUUAACAAAAUUGAGUUAGGUAAUAAAAUACAAACCACUCCUGCUAGGUUUAAUAUAAAUGAAAGGCAAUCGAUUCCUGAUGUCGAUCAAUUCAAUUCAUUUGAAGAUUUUUUUCAAGAUUUUUUUGAUAACUUAAAACCCACUACGCAAAGGAUCUUUACUUCUAACAAGAACAGUAAAUAA